CUUUACUCAGUAGUAGCAAGUAUGGUUUUGUUUGGAGGGGAGAGUUGCUGCCACCACGUAAAGAAUUAAUAUAAAUAGUCUGUAUGGAGGUAAAUAAAUGAGAUAUAUAUUUUCAGUGACUAAACAACUACUAACCCACCCGUGAGGCAGUCGACAGUUUCAAUUAAAUGUCAGGACCUUAAGAAAUCACUAAAGAUGCCGCUCUUUGGAAACACAUUCAGCCCAAAGAAGAUUCCACCUCGCAAAUCUGCAUCUUUGUCCAGCCUUCAUACGUUGGAUCGUUCAACAAGAGAAGUCGAGCUGGGCCUUGAGUAUGGACCUCCUGCGAUGAACCUUGGAGGUCAAAGUUGGAAAUUUGAAGAUGGACAGUGGAUAUCAGAAUCUGGUGGGAAUGCAUCUGGUAGAGAACUACAGCGGCUUAAGAAAAGAAAUGUACAACUGGAGGAAGAGAACAAUCUGCUGAAACUGAAGAUUGACAUUCUUUUGGACAUGUUGACAGAGACUACUGUUGAGUACCACCUGAUAGAGAAAGAAGUGGAAGAUAUAAAGAGUCAACAUCGGAGGAAGAAAUGACAAAUCAGACCUGAUGUCUUCAUCAUGAGAAGUGUUCUUCACUUCAUUCACAGAAACUCAGAAAAAAAAUAUGCAUUACCUUGUGUUUUUGUUUUCUUUGCUCAUUAUUUAAGUGACUGUAUUUUUUGCAUAAUGUGCUGUAGGUUUUGACUCUGCUUAUAUUUAAUUAGAAAAGCAGGUUAAUUAGAUAUCUCAGAUAUCGACUCUUUUUUAUUUCUUCUGUCCUGCAUUUGUGUCUGUAAAUCUGUGAACAUCUUUGUUCAAUACACAACAUAAUUACUACAUCUUUUACAUUUAUAUGGCAAAAAUUGGCCAACAUUUUCUUCAAAGGUUUUUGUAUUUACUGUAUUUUCUACUUAGAUUAAAAUGAAAUCAAUCAUUGGGA